AUGGCUUCGCCGUCGUCAGUUGAUGUUCUGGCAGCCUUUCCUAGCAAUGCCACCUAUGACGACGUGCGGCAAACACUGUCACCUCUUUUGGCAAAAUGGGGUCGGCAGCCCCGCUUGGCCACUGCUGCCUUGAAGCAGGUGGAGUGUGCAGCAACCGUCAUGACGAUGUUGGACGUAAUGCAGGGCUGUCGCAUAGAGACAAACAAGUUCCACUACAGCGUGGCAAUUUCUGCAUGUGAGAAAGCUGUUGACUGGGAGCUUGCUGUUGAACUGCUCGCUCGCAUGGAGCGGCGCUUUGUCCCGCCAGAUGUGGUAUGCUUCAAUGCGGUUAUGGGAGUUUGCGAAAAAUCUGCCAAGUGGGAUGGCGCUAUUUCCGUAUUAAGUUUAAUGGCUUCCCUGAGAACUUUGCCAGACACGAUCUCAUACAAUUCUGUGCUGGGAGCAUCUGCUCGAGCGGGGCAUUGGGAACUGGCUCUGGAGAUUUUGCACCAACUCCAUCGGAGAUCUGUUGCCGAUGUGAUCAGCUUCAGCUCAGCUCUCGCAGCCUGUGCGAAACGCACGAAGUGGGAAGCAGCUUUACACCUUUUGGCUUCCAUGCCAGCUGGGCGGGUGCUGCCAAAUGCGUUCAGCUAUUCCUCAGCCAUCACAGCAACCGCAAACUCUGGCUCGUGGGAAAGUGCGGUGCAAAUGCUCUCCGACAUGGCAGAACGAGCAGUGCUCGCUGACGCUUUUGUAUACAGUGCUGUGACCACUGCGUGUGGUAGAGGAGAGGAGUGGGAACUGGCGAUGUUGCUUCUAGGAAGGACAGUCGAAGAAUCCCCAGAUCACUCUGAGGUGGUCUUUAACAGUGCCAUCAGCGCUUGCGCCACGGCCGCCCAGUGGCAACCUGCAUUGUGGGUACUGGCAUCAAUGCCCUUUCCCCAGGUUGUCAGCUACAACUCAGCCGUCGCUGCAUGUGGAAGAUGCAGCUUGUGGCAAGUGUCUAUGUCACUGCUAACCCGGAUGGCCACGGAAGGCCUGACUCCAGAUGAAAUCUCGUACAACAGCGCCAUCGAUGCAUGUGGUGAAGGCGGUAGCUGGCAACUUGCCCUGGAUCUGUUGGUACAGAUGCACGGAAUGAUACGCGUCGGCGAGGUGAGCUUCACGAGCGCUUUAAGCGCAACUGCCACGGCUGCGAAGUGGCAUAUGUGCAUGGCAGUGCUGUGCCUCAUGGGCGAACUUCGCCAAAAUCUGACAUCCGAUGCGGUUGGAGUUGCCAUGAGUGCCUGUGAAGGCAGUUGCGCGUGGGAGGCGACUUUAGUUCUUCUCGAAAGCCUGAUGGCAUUGCGGGACACUCCGGACGCGCUGCAUGUAGGGUCGGCAGCGAACGCAUUGCGCAAGAGUUUGGGGAGGAAGUCUGCCAUGGAUUUUUUGGAAAUCAUGAAAGAGGUAUGGUUGCGCCGGGAUGCAGAGAAAAGCUUGGCAUUGACGAUAAAAGUUCCCACGCUCGCUGUCUCUCAUUCGACAAUUCUGGGGUUCGGAUGCGGGGUCGUGGCAGCCGAGAAGUCUGAUGACGUUACAACUGAAGUCUUCGUUGAGCGCACUGCUGCAUUGCUAUGGCCAGGAGCUCGCAGCACCGAAGUGCUCAGCAUUGUCUCUAGGCUUGAUCGCCCCACUUCUGGGGUUUUACCUUUGGCUUUGGGACCUGCAGGUUCUUUGGCUGCGAACUGGUUGCAAUCGCAGUUUGCUAGUCGCCUUGUCAAGAAGAACUACGUGUGCUUAUGCGAAGGCCCCAAGCUAGGCAUGGUUGCUGAGACAGGUCAAGUAACGUCCCCCCUGCGAACCAACAAGAUCUACGAGACCAAGAGGACCGAGAUUUCUGAAACGGGCCGAGAAGCGCUGACGAGGUACCGGAUUCUUGCACGGUACAGAGUGCCGAGAGUGCCGAAUCCUGAAGACCACGAGCUGAUACUUUUGUCCGUGAAACCAGUGACAGGCCGAACCCACCAAAUCCGAGUGCACCUGGCACAUCUGAAUCGUCCUAUAGUCGGUGAUGUCAAGUACGGCAGACAUCCGUCGAUGGUUCCUGGCCAACGACUCUUUCUUCACUGUCGUCGCAUUGAGCUACGAGACCUUUCGGGUAAGCCGUUCUGUGUGAAGGCGAGAUUGCCCGAAGAACUACGAGAUCUUCUUACAUCGCUUAAUCCCCUGCGAAUCGACGAAGCCCUGGGAGGCGGAACAAGUUUGCACAGUUCUCGGAGCUCGGAGUCCCAUCAGUAG